GCCUCUUUCGCACAUUGAACGACCAUGGCUUGCUAUCGCUAUCCUACGAGAACGCUCUUCUUGCUUACAUUCCUGCUUUCAAAUUCUUUUCUUGGAUAUGCAGAGACGCUUACCUCCCGAGCCACAUCAUCGACAACUUCUGUCUCUCUGUCUUCCUCAUCAGGCCUUAGUUCUGGAGGCGGCAACCAAUCAAUAUUAGAUUCUGACCUAGCAAAUUUUGGACAGACAGUCAAUGUGCUUGGAUCGAUGGAAAGGACCGAUCAAGAUUUCGUAGACGGACUCGCACUAGACCUCUUCUCACCGUCGAGCCGCACUCUUUUUGUUCAACAGAAUACCUCACCUCUACCCGGGAACUUUGUGUCCGGCAGCACCGGCGAACAAUUCAUAGCGCUCUCAAAUUACUCAUAUGUGAUCAAGCUGAACGAGACCGCAAACGACCUCAUUGCUAAAGUCGAGCUUCCUUACGAUCCUGUCAUGCUUCAGCAAAUGGGUAUCGACCAAGGAAACACGUACGUUGGGACCUUGGCAUCGGAUAAGAAGUCCUGGGUCGUGUCGGAGUCUCAACGAAAUGUCCACGUCUCGGAAAAUAAAACUCGCAUCAUCAAAAUGACUUCGCUAGACGGAGAACACAUACUUCUUGGACGGAUGACAGAAGAUGUCUCGAAUAUAUUUGUGCAGUAUGGUCAGGGGGCCACUCGGACUGUUAAUGUGACCGGAGGGCAAGGCGUACAAGAAGCUGAAUUUAUCGAUGGGUUGAGGUUCACAGUGGAGUCUGAGCAACCUUUCAAGAUGAAUGUUGAUAUUAAGAACGGAGUCUCUAAGGAGGAUUUGCCGAGGGAUGCGGCUUCGUUCGGCACACAAAGACAGAUACUAACGACACUAGACUCGUUUGCAUGGGUCAUAAACACAACUAUACCUACGCAAAAGAUCACGAAAGGAGAAGUGAAGUUUCCUUUUAAUCCAGCUAUGCUUGCGGCAAAGACAGGUAAUGCUACUAAUGCUCAGCAAUGGCUUACGGUGGCUAAACGAUCAUUGAAUGCUACAUCUGAAAAGUUCACACCCCUGGCACCUGCCUCUCAAGUGAGGUUUACCUCGGGAGAUCGCAUUGUGGUACCUGGUUUUACGCAGUUAGAUGGUCAAUACGUGGUGCUGGUACAUAAAUAA